UUUGAUGUUAUUGAAAUUAAUUCUACAACAAAGCUUUUCGAUAAAAAGAUAUUUGUGUACAAAAUACUGCCAAAAAAUAAUCAUAUUAUACUAUCCGACACUGCUCUUGUAUAAGUGGCAUUUUUUGGGACCAAUGACCCUAUUGCAUUUGACUUAUGUAUGUAAUAUUAGGUUGUAAAAUGUUCCCAGUAUGUCUUAUAUGAGCACUUCAGAAAAUGUGGGUUUCAGUGGUAUUCCCCAAAAUAUAUCAGAAACAAGUUGUGCGAGUCAAUAUAAAAUGGCAGUUGAAAGUGUUCCUGGAUCAUGUAACAGUAAUGUGAAUAUGUACAUUAAUGACAGCUCAGGAGAUGAGCAAUCAUACAUACCUCAUUUAUCAGAAAACUUCUUUCAUUCAAAAUUUAAGAUUGAUCCUAAUGAUCUGUAUACGUUUCAUGAUUCAGAUGUUAUAGCUGGUGAAAUUACUGUUAGUAACACCGAAGAAAAUGUGACUCUGUCUGAUACUGAAGGGAAAGCUAUACCUUUAGAAAGCCCAAUUAAGGAACUUGAUCUUUUAGGAGGCUUAAAUAAUGGUGAAAUAAAACAAACUGCUAAUCAACCCUUUUUGAAUGGUCACUGUAAGAUCAAUGAAAUUAACAACGCAGUAGAUAAAAAGACAGUUAAUGCCAAAGUGAAAAAAGUUCAGGCUCAAGACAUUUGUGUCAAUCAGCCAAAGAUAACUGUUAUUCAUCGUCCAGGUCUUCCAAGCCCUAAGGGGUACCCACCGACAAACAAAGCUUUACAGCAUAACAGUGAUGUUUCUAAGGAUAAUGCCCAGAAUGUAACUGCAAAAGCAGGAGGAGAAACAUUUUUGGAUGUUUUUAAGCGAGAGCAAAUUUUGUCUGACAGCCAAGUAGCAGUUAACAAGACUGAACCUUACAUUGCACCUGUUAAAAUUUCCACUCCCGCCCAAAAGAAAUCUGCAGCCAAACCGUCAACCAAGGCGAAAAAAGGUAGAGGGCCUAUACAGCAUGAGGCCUUGCAACGGAUAUCCCCUCACCACAGAGUAAUAGUACAGCCAAUAAAGAACUGGCACUCACCAGAUGAGGAGUUGUUUGAAUGUGGCCCACUAGAUAUUCAGAAUACAAACCCAUACAAACUCUUAGAAAGCAGUAGCGAUGAUGACAUUAUGCCUGAUUAUGAGAGUGGUUCGGGGCCUGUCUGUGUCGAAGAAAGUGCGGCAGAGUCACGGAGCGCCAGACUAGAACUGCGUAGGUCUGCGAUGAGAAGACAGGUGUCUCGGACGGCGACGGCUAUGCACUUGACCAAAAAGCAUGAUGGUCAUAGAGCAUUGGCAGCCCUUAUAAAGAGACAACUAAAUGGAGCGAGCUCCUGUCGUCUUCCUCAACAAACGAUGAAUCACCUUUUGGCGAUGCGCGGAAUGACUGGAACUUUAUCUUUACAAGAGAGACGGACACUGAGAGCAAGCGGCUGGUCGGCGAGCGACAGCAGUAAAUUAGACUCGAACGCAACGAGUAUGUGUGCUGAGGAAAAAUGCACUUUAACGCCUCUACCGUGCGCUCGGUAUUGCUUAUCACACAUCACGAUGGCGCCGGAACAGCGGCUGUAUGCAGCGUGUGCUGCAGUCUUCGCCGGCGGCGAGCGCUGCAAACAACCGCUUUUGCCGCUGCACGAGCAGACGCCUUUGUGUCCGGAACAUGCUUGGAAGAGGGAUAAUUACGAGCUCCUCAGUCGCGAGAAGCCCCAAAAGAGCCGCAAGCGUGCGUGUCCCAUGGGCAGCGCUGUGCGUCCGCCGCGACCGCCGCGCAAACCCAAGCGGAGACGUCGACUGGUCGCCAAAAGACCGCCCGUACAUACGCAGUCUUUGUCAGAAAUUAAUGCCUACUCAAAUUCGUCGGCUUAUGACAGCGAGGACACGGGGAUUGGUGGGCUGAGUGAGAGCGAAUAUAUUGGUGGAACUGCAACUGAACUAGAAGUCGGUCAAGUGCCCCCAGAUGACAUUUUGGACCCCAGCGUCUUGAGCCAGAUGCCGGACGAAGCUUUCACGGAGUUUUUUAAUCAAGCGGAGGGGGGUACGUUCGCGGAAAGCUGCGAACUAGCGGCCGCAUUGGAGGCCGUGUUGGACGAGCGUGCGCUCGAUAUGACCGACGUGUUUACGAAUUCACCCGUACCCGCUAAUAAGAUGCAAGUUGCCGUAAGUAUGGAGUCGUCGUCCGCGCCCUCAUAACACAUAUACGCUUAUAUAAACUGUAAUAAUAAUGUGUUUAGGAACAAACUCGUUUUGUAUUAUGCUUUAAUUUUGUGUGUUAGUGAAUUGUAGUGUGUAACUGUCGUAGUAGUUUUUUAUUAAUUUGGUCAACUUACAAUUAAACGUCAAACUUUUAAUAUUUCUUCUGACGUCAGUUAUGCUUCUUGCCGGUUUUUCGGAUUAAAAAUUUACAUUUCGUGAUUUGUCGGUCACGGAUGACUUCCGUUUAAUUCGGAAAAGCUGCAAAUUUAUAAAAAGCAAACAAAAUUGAUGAAUGCGAGUAUGAAUCAUUUGUUCAGUGCUGUUGGUUUUCUCCCGAAAUAAUCUUCCAAAAAUGUCGAUACUCAAAAAUCUAAUUAAAAAUGGAUUUAAACUAAUGUCUAAUAUCCUAGUAGACUCAGGGCGAACUCAUAUUAUCAAAGGAUACACAAAUAUGUCUGGUAUGGAUAUUUGAACAGUUAAAUUAGAUUUUUGUGUUUUCAUUAGCGGUUCACGCGAUGAAAAUAUAACCAUUUCUUCGUAUUGAAAGAUUUUACAUUAAGUUAGACAUAGUUUAGACUGAACCAUGAGUUUGGCAAUAUAAACGCUUGCUUGGUUGGAUAUCUGUGACGUUACAACCCUCGGUCAACCUUUAGAUUGCCGUGUUGUUUUUACUUUUCUUAUGGGCAAAUAGGCAAUUCGCCUAUGUCUAACACACGAUUUUGGAGUCCAUUGGUAUAAUACACAGUACAUAGUAGAUAUGUCAAAAAACUUUUUGACAUUCCGAAGUCCUGCGAAGUUUUCCUUCGCCUUCGUGUUCCUUGCUUGGGUGCCUACUUAGGCCAAACUAGUUCAUGAUAAAGUUUUUUUUUUAAUUUGUCAGCCUUUUGUCAAACUCAUAGUUGAGCUAAAUAUUUUUAAAAUUAAAUAUAAGUUGUAAAUAUUCACAAUGAAGUACAGUUCCCAUCAAAAAAAUUUAAUUAUCCGUUUUGCGUUUGACCACGCGUGACUAACGGUGUCUUUGGUUUUAUAGCCGUUCGUCACGGGUGACCGACGAUGUCGUUUAUAGCGCCAUCUAUAGAAACUGUAUUUCAUUUUUAUAGUUGGUCACAAUUAUCUAAAACCGAGAACAGUAUUAAAGGGUUUCUGGUUGCAUUUUAUAUUCGAUCAAAGUUAAUUAAGGGUUUGGUAAUGGGGUUUUAUUCUUCAUAAUUAACAUGGUAUAUGAUACACUUAAUUCACAAAACAAACAAUAUGUUCCAUUUUAAUACAAUUAAAUAGAUAAAAAAAUUUUAACAAAAUCGAGUAACAGCAAUGUCAUUUUACUAUUAAUUCUGAUCAUUUCGUUUGUUGCCAAACUUCUGUAAUCGAUGGAAUUUUGAACAUUGUUUUUGUACUGGGUAUAACAUAAGGGACAAUAAUAUAUUUUCUAAUAUAAAAUAAAGACAGCCGAAACAUUGUAAGAAAGUAAUUUACGAAUAUUGUUUUUCCUUGAACUGUGUUACCCUACUGUAGUGGGAAAUUCUAACAAAAAUUCUAAAAUCAACCUUAACACAAUGGCAUAAAGUCGCAAUAUGGAUGUGAUGCGUCCUUCGACGAUCAAUAUUCCUGGAGAUAAUGUUCCUACUUAGAUUGUGAUUAUUGGCGAUAUAAGACGUAACGCGAAAUACGUUAGGUUAAAAUUCCUGUGAAUAUUAAUUUAAUUCGAACGUGAUUUUUAUUUUCAUUAAGUGUAUAAAAUUUUUGUUCUUUAAUCGUUACAGCUUCAAAAUUUAUGGUCAUAAUGAUAUUUUAUAGCUCUGGAAUUGAAUUUAGGCAUCACCUUUAUAGGCAGGUCUCUGAUGAGGUCCUUAGGGUCACGGACAGUAUUGGUAUGGAAAUACAUAUUCCAUAAUCGUGAUUAUAUAAGAAAGAAAUUCAUUCAUUUUUAUGGUCACGUGUGAUGAACGGUGAUAUAGUGACGCAAUAUGUAUGGGGGAUCGGGUCUUCGGACGUAACGAUGCGCACAAAUCAACGAACAGUGGCGGAAAAUCUAUUACACAAAUAACUGCGUAUUUGUGUAUUAUUAUCAUGUUUUGGCGUUACGUUGCUAACUAUUAUAACACUAACUUACAAAAAGAUAGUUGUUGCUACUCCGGAGAAACUAAAUUAAAAAAAAACGGAUUCCUUGUUCAAUAGAUUAAAUAAAUGGUUAUAAGAGUGUUGAUAUUUAAAACAUGCGAGCAUUUUGAGAACUGUGCAACGUUACUACUCUAUAAAACUAAUAUAUUCAUCGAUUUUUAUGUUCAAUUUGAUGUAGAAUCGACUGCCAACUGCCAAAGAGUUAUUUCUUUUGACAACUGUCAUGUCAAAAGACUAGUUUACUGAGCAUAGAACGUUGAAUUUAGUAAUCUGUGCUUUCUAAACAUUUAGAACUUCAAAUCACUAACUUGUACACUAACUUCAUAUUUGCCCAUUUUUCGUCUACCGAAAUACUUGAACGAUGUUUGUAUGUUCUAUAAGGUGGCGCCUUUCGAUGUAAAAAUCCUUGUGAUCAUAAAUUUUGGCAUUAUUUAAUUGGUAUUUCCCGCCUCGUGAAACAUGUAUAUGCGCUUAUCUGCAGGGGUAUUUAUAUAUUCAUCAAUAGUGUAUAAAGAGGGGAAGAACCAAUAGAGUGGAGACAAAUAAUUAUACAGUCUACAGACAACAUAUUUUCUUUUACUUAACAGAUUCAAUGAAUAACUCUAUUUGUUCAUCCCUUUACAGUUAGAUAUGGCUAGUUAUUUAUUUGUACUUUUGUAGAUGAAUUGGAACUGACUGCGCUUAGGGAGAUUAUAGUAUAAGAUACUGCACCUUAGUUUAAGUAGAGAUAAGAGGGUUCGACUUAUCUGAAAAUUACUAUUUUAACCGGAUUUUACAUGUAAAUUAUUUUAAAUAUCAUUACGUUUUGGAGAAGCGUUUAAUAGUGCAAUUCUUCACCCAUAGAUGGCGUUAAACUAACGUUGCAUUGGUAUAAUAAAUUUUUCAAAAAUUAACGUUAAUAUUUAUUGGCCUUGUAAAUAUCUGUAGUUUCGUAUGUUAUUCGAUUCAUAACGUCCAUGGUGACGGCGUAUUGUGCGGCCCGUAUGGUAUUAGAAAAUUGUUGCUAGUGUGAGUAAUGUUUCUAAAAGUAAUAAUUUAACAACUUAUUUUAGGAUCACUUGAUCUAAUUUCUUUGGAUUAUAAAUCGAUGUAAGCUUUUAAACAUUUUGGAUUGUCAAAAUCUAUACUCUUUGAUUCCAAAUACGUGUUAACUUGAAAAUGUAAUGAUUUUAAUUUGGAAUUGUAAUUCAAAUUAUUUGGUCUUAAUAUUUUCGCGCCAAGAAUGUUACAGAAAACAACUACCUCUUUAAAUGCCUGAUGUUCACGCGUCCAUGUGAUAUUGGUAAUAAAACUGAAAAAUACUAUUCUAACGUAAUUUUUUUUGUUUCUUUUGUCAGUUCAACCCCAUAUCUGAAAUAUUUCAAAUAACGCCAUCUAGUGAGCAGUUGGUAAUGUUUCCAACAUGUCUGAUUUCUUCUCUGUUAAUAUUUUGUUCACUAGCUAUGCCCCAUUAAUUAUUACCGAAUAACAUCACGAUUGAGAUCUUCAAACUGGCUUCUUUUUGAGAUUGUGUGCGGACGAGUGGCUUUAAUAGUAGGAUUUGCGAACCCACCGACAUAUUUAACAAACGGUUUCAAAUAAAACUCGUUGUAAUUGAUAUUUAUUUAUUUCACCACAGAACAUAACAGUAGGUCCACAGUGUAAUCAAUCUAGCGAGCACUCGGAUACUGUAUAUUAUGUGUAACAUAUUUUUAUAUACUUUUUACCUUCGUAGUUUCCAAUCGCAGUAGGCUUAAUCUAAUUUGACAACGUGUUUGGUCUCUUUAAUAUAAGUUAGAAUCGUAUAUUUUUGUAAUAAUAGUUAAGGAAGCAUUUUUAGUUUGUAGUACAUUGUACAUUAGCCAGCAUCUGAAUGUAAUUUAUGUGUAGUAAUAAACAUUUAAUGUACA